CUUGAUCUAUACUAUCGACGGCUGAUGUAGUAUGGUAAUAUUGGGUUUCCUGUGGAUACUCUCCAACAAGACUGGGUUCCACAGUAAUAUUCAAGAUGGCGGACGAAGGAGGGUUUCAGCUGGUACCUCGAAGAAAGCAAAGAAAAAGAGGAAAUACCAAGAAAAGUAAGAUAGAAGAGACUGUGAAGAACGCUGGAAGUGACAACGAUUUGGAAGAUUGCAACAUAGAUAGAAUUAUAACCCAAAUAGAAACAUUUCGUGAUGAAAUCAAAGAAAGUGACUUUUUUUUAAGCCUGAAAGAUCUAUUUAUACCUACAAAAAGUGAAGAAAUAAAAGAUAAUAAUAGUGAAUCUUCUGAGCGAGAAUCAUUAAAAGAUAAAGAGAAACCGAAUCCUUUAUUGCCUCAUUUUGAUGAUAUCAUCUGUUAUGGCGUUGGCUGUAUACGCACAUGCCCUAAUGCUAAGUAUCAGUUUGCUCUCUUGUUAUUGUUAAAGAUGUUUUUAAUGAUUCCCAAUGAACAAUGCUGUGUAUAUGAACCACUCUUUAAUGAACAUGAUAAAAAUAUAGUAAAGCACUUUGAGUGUUCUAUAAUAAGUCACAAUGAG